UUCUCUCCUUUCUGAGUGUGAGUUUACGAUUAAAUCGCUUCGCGAAUAUUUUACUACGGGGACGUUUUUAUAAGUUAAACUCGCGUUUAAUUAAAAUAUUUUAACCUGGCUUUAACGAACUUAAAACUUAUCCCAAAAUACCACCGGAAAAACUGUUUUAUUUCCAAAUCGGAUAAAAUCUAUUUGCAGUUCAUUUUCGGGUACUAUUCUAUGUACCAUAAGAGUUAUACUUAAUCGUGUAUUAGAAGAUUUCUUUUUAAACGUUUAAAAUGCCUGAGUUUGACGAACAUGGUUUUUAUAGUUCAUAUUCUACUGAGGCAGCAAGGGCUGUGAAAUACAGGAAUCACAAUGCAGGGCUUUUCCAGCAGUUGAGGGGUGCUGCAGUGGUUAAUGGGCAGGUUUCUGAUUUGACCCCAAAGGUAAGAGCAUACGUAGAAGAGAACAUCGAUCUAUGUCAUCCAGAUCGAGUACACAUCUGCGAUGGAUCAGAAAGAGAAAACGGCUACCUCAUCCAGCUUAUGCAGCAACAAGGCACCAUUAUGCCUUUACCAAAGUACCAAAACUGCUGGUUGGCACGAACAAACCCAGCAGAUACAGCACGAGUUGAGUCAAAAACAUUCAUUUGUACCGAGGAACGUUCUGAAACCAUUCCUACACCAAAAGAGGGCAUUAAAGGAACGUUGGGAAACUGGAUGUCUCCGAAAAAGAUGGACGAAGCUAUUAAAGAAAGGUUUACUGGUUGUAUGCGAGGGAGAACCAUGUAUGUAGUACCAUUCUCCAUGGGCCCGAUAGUCUCCCCUUUGUCCAAGAUUGGAAUCGAACUUACUGACUCACCAUAUGUGGUGGCCUCCAUGAGAAUUAUGACCAGAAUGGGGGAAGCAGUUUUGAAUAAACUUCAAGAAACCGACGAAUUCGUAAAGUGUCUUCACUCAGUUGGGGUUCCUGCAAACGGUUUUAUCGAAAUGGCGAGCUGGCCCUGCGAUCCUGAGAGAACCAUAAUCCUGCAUAAACCGAAAAACAACGAAAUCGUCUCGUAUGGAAGCGGUUAUGGUGGAAACUCUCUUUUGGGGAAGAAGUGUUUUGCUUUGAGGAUUGGAUCGACUAUUGCUAAGCGAGAGGGCUGGUUGGCUGAACAUAUGCUGAUUUUGGGCAUAACAAAUCCAAAAGGCGAAAAACGCUAUAUAGCUGCAGCAUUUCCGUCCGCUUGCGGAAAAACCAACUUGGCAAUGAUGACCCCCUCACUUCCCGGAUACAAAGUGGAAUGUGUCGGCGACGACAUCGCCUGGAUGCGAUUCGAUAAAAACGGAGUGCUUAGAGCCAUCAAUCCUGAGAACGGGUUCUUUGGAGUCGCUCCAGGUACCUCAACCAAAAGCAACCCGAUAGCCAUGAGCACCAUAUUUAAAAACACCCUAUUCACCAACGUGGCCUCCACGAGUGACGGUGGUGUGUUUUGGGAAGGAAUGGAAGAUGAAAUACAACCGGGAGUGACCGUUACUGACUGGAGAGGUCAGCGAUGGACCAAAGACAGUAAAUCACCUGCUGCCCAUCCUAACUCCAGAUUUUGCACUCCGGCCAGUCAAUGCCCGAUAAUCGAUCCUCAAUGGGAAGCUCCCGAGGGAGUUCCGAUUUCCGCCAUCUUGUUUGGAGGAAGGAGACCUACGGGCGUGCCGUUGGUGUACGAGGCACGUGACUGGAAACAUGGCGUUUUGAUUGGUGCUGCCAUGAGGUCUGAGGCCACUGCCGCUGCUGAACAUAAGGGUAAAAUAAUAAUGCACGAUCCGUUCGCUAUGCGUCCCUUCUUCGGUUACAACUUCGGACAUUAUCUCCAACACUGGCUGUCCAUGUCCAACAAAUCAUCGAACCUCCCUAAAAUCUUCCACGUGAACUGGUUCAGAAAGUCCAGCGAGGGUAAAUUCUUAUGGCCUGGAUUCGGGGAGAACGCACGAGUUCUGGAUUGGAUCCUUAAAAGGCUGGAUAACGAGGACUGUGCCGAGGAAACUCCUAUUGGAUUGGUGCCUAAGCGAGGAGGGAUCAACUUGGAGGGAUUAAGUGAGAAGGUUGACAUGCAACAGCUGUUUGGAUUGUCAAAGAACUUUUGGUUGGAAGAGGUGUUUGCUAUAGAGAAAUAUUUUAAGGAGCAAGUGGGCCAGGAUCUACCUGAAGAUCUUGUGAGGGAGCUGAGUGGUUUGAAGAAGAGGGUUGAAGCUAUGUAAGUUAAGAUGUUACUUUUUAUGUGAAAAUUUAAUGUUUAAGUUAAAAUAUAAUUUAUUUUUGUAUUAUCCUACUUAUUAUUGUCAAUUGAUUUUAUAGUAUUUUAAUUUCUAUGUAUCAUUGAAAUGACUGUUUUAGGUUAAUUGUAUCUUAUGUUUAAGGUUAUAUAAUUAAACUGCCAACUGUAUCGUUUUUAUAUAAUAAAGCUGUCUUAAGUAAAUAAA